CUUCCGAUUUAAGGCAGUUUUGGUGGGACCAAGCCGGCAAUAUCCCGGCGCAUGAGAGAGAGACCCACACGCCACCCCACGCCGUUCCGGAGCACCAUCCCCUGCCAGGCAAAGACAUCUUGCUUCAAUACUGCGUCGUAGAAACCGCAACUCAACUUACCCCUGCGCCAUCUCCGAAACUCCCAGCCUUUAGAAAAUUAGAACAAAGAGGACCAUGUCGACCGCCCACCGCCGCCUCCUCCAGGAGUACCGCGCCCUGACCAACAACCCGCCCGACGGGAUCACCGCUGGGCCCGUGUCGGAGGACGACCUCCUGUACUGGGAGGCGCUCAUCCAGGGGCCCGAGGGCACGCCCUUCGAGGGCGGCGUCUUCCCCGCCGAGCUGCGCUUCCCCAAGGACUACCCGCUUGCGCCGCCGACGAUGAAAUUUCUGGGCGAGGUGUGGCAUCCGAACGUCUACCCCAGCGGCCUGGUCUGCAUCUCGAUCCUGCACCCGCCGGGUGACGACCCGAACCACUACGAGCACGCGUCGGAGCGGUGGUCGCCCAUCCAGUCGGUCGAGAAGAUCCUCAUCUCCGUCAUGAGCAUGCUCGCCGAGCCAAACGACGAGAGUCCCGCCAACGUCGAGGCCGCCAAGAUGUGGAGGGAGCGGAGGGCAGACUACGAGAAGAAGGUGCGCGACGGCGUCAGGCGCAUGCUGGGUCUUUAGGCCUGGGGUGGGGAGGGGUGCUGUUGACUUGAUUUUAGUAUUGAAUUUAUUUUAUGUUCUUGACUUGGGUGUGUGGCUGGGCGUUGGAGAACGGAUCAGCGGGCUCGUCGAGCAGUGCCUGUUCUACCAAAUUUUCCUGUCAUCGUUAUUGCAUAGGUAGCCUGGAGUUCCGGCCAUCAACGUUCAACACUCUGCGACCCGCAGUGAUCUCGUUCCAUGACAGGUGACGAGGUGCUGAGAUG